GUGACGCGUCAUCAUGGCGUCACUUCCCGUACCAACUGGCAGUUGUUGUUGCGGGAGCGCCAUGUUGGUUCAAACAAAAGAAACAACUUCAUUUCCUUGAUAACAGUUCAUGACAUGCCGCGACGCAAUGGCGGAAUAUAACCUGCUUCUCAGCUUCUCAUAAGUCGGAAAUGUUCAUAAUGCCUUUUCCAAUUAGCAGUCAGGUGCAGACAGCCCAGCAGACCCCAAAGCAUUAUGGGAUCACUUCCUCAAUCAGCCUGGCACAACCUAAAGAGGCAGAUCUGGUUCUCACACAGAAGCUGAUCGAGACGCUCCGACCCUUCGGCGUUUUUGAGGAGGAGCUGGAGCUGCAGCGGAGAAUCCUAGUGCUGGGGAAGCUAAAUACAUUGGUUCAGGUGUGGAUUCGUGAAGUCAGUGAAGUGAAGAAUAUUCCGUCAUCGGUGAUUGAUAAUGUUGGAGGAAAAAUCUUCACGUUUGGAUCCUACAGACUUGGAGUUCACACCAAGGGUGCUGAUAUUGAUGCUCUCUGUGUCGCACCCCGUCAUGUGGAGAGAUCAGACUUCUUCUCCUCGUUUUAUGAGAAACUAAAGGAGCAGGAGGAAGUCAAAGACCUGAGGGCGGUGGAGGAAGCAUUUGUACCAGUGAUAAAGCUGUCCUUUGAUGGCAUUGAGAUUGACAUACUAUUUGCCCGACUGGCGCUACAAACCAUUCCAGAAAACCUGGAUUUGCGAGAUGAUGGCUUGCUAAAGAAUCUUGACAUUCGCUGCAUCCGGAGUUUAAAUGGAUGCAGAGUUACUGAUGAAAUUCUUCACCUGGUGCCCAACAUUGAGAAUUUCAGAUUGACUCUAAGAGCCAUCAAGCUGUGGGCCAAACGUCAUAAUAUCUACUCAAAUAUCCUGGGUUUUCUGGGGGGUGUAUCAUGGGCCAUGUUGGUUGCGAGGACCUGCCAACUUUACCCCAAUGCUGUGGCAUCCACGCUGGUCCAUAAGUUCUUCUUGGUUUUCUCAAAGUGGGAAUGGCCAAACCCUGUCCUUCUGAAGCAGCCUGAAGACUGUAAUCUCAACCUCCCAGUCUGGGAUCCCAGGGUAACCCCCAGUGACCGGUACCACCUCAUGCCAAUCAUCACACCAGCUUACCCUCAACAAAACUCCACUUACAAUGUGUCCACCUCUACUCGGGCAAUCAUGGUGGAAGAGUUCAAGAGGGGUCUUGCAAUCACGGAUGAAAUAUUGCUGAAUAAAGCAGAAUGGUCCAAAUUAUUUGAAGCACCAAACUUCUUUCAGAAAUACAAGCAUUAUAUAGUGUUGCUAGCAAGUGCACAGACAGAGAAGCAGCACUUAGAGUGGGUGGGCCUCGUGGAAUCAAAGAUCCGAAUCCUGGUGGGAAACCUGGAGAAGAAUGAGUUCAUCACACUGGCUCAUGUGAAUCCACAGUCAUUCCCCGGACCAAAAGAGGAGACUGACAAGGAGGAGUUCAGCACAAUUUGGGUAAUAGGUGUUGUGUUCAAAAAAAUGGAGGGUCCAGAAAAUCUUAAUGUGGACCUGACGUUUGACAUCCAGUCUUUCACAGACACUGUUUACCGGCAGGCGAUCUCUAGUAAAAUGUUUGAGCCAGAUAUGAAAAUCACAGCCAUGCAUGUGAAGAGGAAACAACUGCAGCAACUACUGCCCAAAGUUGCCAUUCAGAGGAGCAAGAGAAAGCAUUCAUCUGAUGGGCUGCGUGCGAUGAAUGAUGGCAGUCUGGAUCUAUCAGUGGACAGUGACAACAGCAUGUCAGUGCCGUCCCCCACGGGCCCUUCGGCUGCCAAGAUCGCCCGUGCCUCCAGCCCUCUGGGCUCCACUGGGACGGCCACAAACACCUCAGAUUUCCAGGGAAAAAUGGAUUCUUCAAGAGUGGACGGCACUAAGCCAGAUAAUGUUGGGACUUCCAGCAGCAAUGACGCACAAACGGGUGCAGUUCCUCUAAAGCGGCCCGCCUCCCCAGUUCAGCACGACUCGGAGAAGAAACCCAAAGUGGAUGGUGUACAGCAAACCCCUCAUCCCAGUCCAUGUUUAUCUGCUGACCCUGCCAAUAACAGACCUGCCUCACCCAUUGGGAAUGAGACAUCCAAGAAAGCCAAAGUGGAGGAGCUCUCAACCCCAGAAGAAACGUCCUCUGGUGAAACUGAUGGCCAUGUAGCUGUGGAUCCAGAGCAGAGCGUUGACGUGGUUCCUUCAGAGGGUGAAACUAAAACACAGACAGAAUUAACGGCAGUGGACACCGCAGAGAAGAUACCGCCUACACAAAUAACCUCUAACGCUGAUCUGUCGGACGUCCCGCUCCUCCCGUCCCACCCCAUCCCCGUGGUCAAGAACUCCAUCAAGCUGAGACUCAGCAGGUAGAAGCGGCUCAUCUUUGGCCAGUCUCUGGUCCUCAGGAGGUGGAAGUCUCUGUUUCCUGCCCAUGUGUACCUCAGAUCUCCAAAAGGGGGCAGCUCUGUUCUUCCACACACUUCCCUGUGCCCUCUCCCUCACCAGUGGAAAAGAAAAAGAGAUAUCUGAAAACCUCAAUGUGAUUUAAGGUGUUUGUGUGAUUUGGUGCACAUGCUUUGUAAAUCCUAUCAUCCUUCUGUUUUGACCUGAAAGACGGUGAUGCUUUAUGUCCCAACCCUCGCCCCUCUUUCUUUU